GCGAGAGGAGGCGGCGACCUACCUGGGGAUUUACUAGAUGGAGCAACUCUGUAUUUUCAUGGAAGCUCUUCUAAAGAACUAAAUGCACUAUUGAGCUCAUUUGGGAAAAUGUACACGACAGAGCGCAGGCGAAUGAGCCUGCACGAGGUGAAGAGGAAAGACCCGGUUUGGGUGUCAGCCGGGAGUUUGUGGCAGGACUCCCUGGCCAUCGACCUGAGUGGCGGUAAACAUAUCGUCUCUCCCCGGAGCCGUACCAGAGCUGCGUCCGUGGCAUACAUAGUCAACGAGGACGCAUCCAUGCCACAGACUGAGGAGAAUUUAUCCCUGAAAUGUGUGAAGGAAGCCUGCGCGGACGCUCACGCUGUCUUCAAAACCAUUUCUUUUGAGAGAAUCUCUCUGGGCACCACAGACAUCCUGGAUAGUUUCUACAACGCAGAUGUGGCAGUGGUGGAGAUGAGUGACUCCUUCUGCCAGCCUUCACUUUUCUAUCACCUCGGGGUGAGAGAAAGUUUCAGCAUGACCAACAACAUCAUACUGUACUGUUACAAGAAAGAUAGUGACCUGCAGGCUAUCAAGGAGCAGUGUGGAAGUUACACUCUGAUCCCUUACGUGGUGUCACCUCAGGGCAAAGUGUUUGCCUGUGAUGCUACCAUGAUGACCGGUAUCAAAGAGCUGAUGCAGCCCAGUUUCCAGCUGGAGCCCCUGCUGACCCCGCUGGUGGAAAGACUGGUUCACAUGCUCAACAAUGUUCAUGUUAACACCAGUGAGUACUUCCGGGAGUCCAUCAGGCAUGAGAUUCGUACAGCAAGGGAGCGGUUUAGCGGACAGGCCCUGAGCGAGGAGCUGAGCCGGAUACAGAAGCGGCUGGACAGCGUAGAGCUGCUUACACCUGAUAUCGUCAUGAACCUGCUGCUCUCCUACAGGGACAUUCAGGACUACGACUCCAUAAUCAAACUAGUGGAGAUGCUGAACAACCUGCCGAUGUGUUUGGUAGCGGGACAUCAGAAUAUCCAGUUUCAUUAUAUAUUUGCCCUGAACAGGAGGAAUCAUCCUGGAGAUCGUGCUAAAGCUUUGAAGGCUAUUCUUCCUAUUGUGGAGUCAGGAGGCAAGGUGGCGUCAGAUGUUUACUGUCUGUGUGGACGCAUUUACAAAGACAUGUUCAUGAGCUCCAGCUUCACCGAUGUGGCGAGUAGAGACCAGGCCUGCUACUGGUAUGGAAAAGCUUUCGAGAUAGAGCCCACUCUUCACUCAGGCAUCAACAAUGUGGUCCUACUGAUGGCAGCUGGACACGAGUUUGAUACCUCCAUUGAGCUGCGCAAAAUUGGUGUGACGCUGAGCACCCUGCUUGGUAGAAAGGGCAGUCUGGAGAAGAUGAAGGACUACUGGGAUGUGGGCUUCUAUAUCGGAGCAAACAUCCUCGCUAACGAGCACAAGAAAGUCAUCGAGGGUGCGGAAAAACUCUACAGACUCAAUGCUCCGAUCUGGUAUGUGGCAUCAAUCAUGGAGACGUUCAUCCUUUACCGGCAAUUUGCCAAGCCACCAGAGGUGAAAUCUCCUAAACAGGAAACUGUGGACUUCUGGAUGGAGCUGCUCCUGCAGACGUGCAAACCCACAGUCUCCACAGAUCGCUGCCCAGUUCUUGUUCUGGAGCCCAGCAAAGUCCUUCAACCGGCCAUUGUUUGUGUGAGUGAGGAGGAUGAAAGUUGUACUGUGCAGUUGAAACACAUCACAGUCUUAAAGAAAGGCUUACACCAGUGGACUUUCCCGGCCUCUGCAAUUCGGGGAGUGAGUGCCUCAAAGAUCGAUGAGCGCAGCUGCUUCCUGUAUGUCCACUACAAUUCAGAUGACUUCCAGCUCUGCUUCCCCUCUGAGCUUCACUGUAAAGGUUUCUGUGAGCUGGUAAACUCUCUGCUCCAGCUGGCUGAAGACCCAGCUCAGAACCUGGACCAUGGGAGUGGAGGGAUACUUGAGUACAUCUAUGAGACCAACGAGAAUGGUGACAAGGUGAUUUUGGGAAAAGGGACGUAUGGUGUUGUGUACGCGGGGAGAGACUUAAGCAACCAAGUCCGCAUCGCAAUCAAGGAAAUCCCUGAGAGGGACAGCACGUACUCCCAGCCCCUGCAUGAGGAGAUCGCUCUGCACAAGAGGCUCAAGCACAGAAACAUAGUUCAGUACCUGGGUUCUGUCAGUCAGGAUGGUUUCAUCAAGAUCUUCAUGGAGGAAGUACCUGGAGGAAGUUUGUCAUCUCUCCUGCGCUCCAAAUGGGGUCCUCUGAAAGACAAUGAAGCCACCAUCAUCUUCUACACCAAACAGAUCCUUGAGGGGCUGAAAUAUCUUCAUGACCAUCAGAUUGUUCACAGAGACAUCAAGGGUGAUAAUGUCUUGAUCAACACGUAUAGUGGAGUGUUAAAGAUCUCUGACUUUGGAACAUCCAAACGAUUAGCAGGAAUCAACCCCUGCACUGAGACGUUUGCUGGAACACUCCAGUACAUGGCUCCUGAGAUCAUAGACCAGGGACCUCGGGGUUAUGGGAAGCCGGCUGAUAUCUGGUCUCUUGGGUGCACUAUAAUAGAAAUGGCAACAGGCAAAACACCCUUCCACGAGCUGGGAAGUCCUCAAGCAGCCAUGUUUAAGGUGGGCAUGUUUAAGAUCCACCCAAAGGUCCCAGAGUGCAUGUCGGAUGAGGCAAAGGGCUUCAUCAUGAACUGUUUUGAGCCAGACCCUGACAAUAGAGCCACAGCUGCUGAGCUACUCAGUGACACCUUCCUCAGGUCAUCUCCCAGGAAGAAGGCAAAGGCUCAGCAGGAAUCAGAGUCUUCUUCAGCUGACUAUCAGCGCAGCCUAUCUGUACCUAUCUCCAUCCUUGUGGAGGACACGGAUUCGUACUCUGGAUCCAUCGACCUGUCUUGUUCUCUGGACCUCAGGAGGCCACAGUCAGCUCGAUUUGCAGAUGAAAUCUCAGAGAGCCCAUCAAGUGCCAGCAGCUUCCUGUCAAUACCAGAAGACUCUCCAUCAGAAAUGAGCAGUCCAGCCACGACAGAAGAGAGCAUUGGUCUGUUUAUGCUGAGAAAGGACAGUGAGAGGAGAGCCACCCUGCACCGAGUCCUCUCUGACUACAUCAGUCUGGUGGUUUUUAAUAUACAGGACUCUGUGCCUCAGCAUGCUGAGAGCUCACCGCUGACUGCAGACCACAUCUCUGAGCUCAUCAAAUGUUUGAGAGACAACAUCCGCUCCCCGGACAGGAAGCAGCUAACCAGCAGCCUGCUGGACCUCCGAGCUAAACUGAUCUCUGGUGCAGUACCAAUGAGCAGUCUGCAGGUGGUGCUGUUCAGCUUCCAAGAUGCAGUAAAGAAGGUGUUGAGGCAGCAGCAGGUGAAACCUCACUGGAUGUUUGCUCUAGACAAUCUGCUGAGGCAGGCGGUGCAGGACGCCCUCACAGUGCUCCUACCAGAGCUCAAAAUCCAGCUGCAGUCCUCAUUUGAGAUUGAGGACAGCACUCCUGAGGAGCAGUCUGCUGACCUAGACACUCCUGUGGCUCUUGUUCCUGACCAGCAGGUGGCACCAGCAGACUCCCAGUCAACAGCCAGCAUUCAUGAGUUUCUGCCCACAGACAGCCCCAACUCCCCUACAGACCUGGUCCUUAGCUCCAGCUGUCCCCUCAGUGAGAAACUGAGAGACCUGCGACUAGAGACAAGACGACUGCUGAGUCAGCUGAAUGAGAAGGAGAGAGAGUAUCAGGAGCUGCUGAGGAACUCUGUGCAGAGGACACAGGAACAGAUAGAUGCUCUGAGGAAAGAAGCUGUCGCUGAAGAUGCAGAACUUUCUGUACAGAAAAGCUCUAACCCAGAAGUGAAGGCUUUGGUGCGCUGGCUCAAGUCUGUCCCUGUAGAUCAAGACACUAUUGAAAAGUUGCUCACUCAUGGGUUCACCUUGGACUGUCUCCUCCACAUGGCUUCCAGGGAUGAUUUGAUGUACUGUGGAAUAAGAGGGGGGAUGCUUUGUCGAGUCUGGGUGGCCAUCACAGCUCGCAGGAAGAAAAAGCUGAGCACACAUGACGAGGACAGCGAGGACACUACGCUUUAACGGCUGCUGCUGAUGUUGUGCAUCAAAGGGCUUGUUUAUUGACAGGCUGGUCCUGUGUCAUAUGAACGUAACUGACUUUAAUGGAAAGCAGAUCACAUUUUGAUUACCUUGCUGACCCUUGAAUGUAUUUUUUAUAAAGAUCAGUUCUUCCAAUAUGUGUCCCUGUAAAGUAGGAGAAGUUUCCUUUAAAGCUUAUUCUUGCCAACAUUUCUUCUCAAGGUUUCUCAGGGCUUUUUAAAUUAUGUCAUCAUUAAAAAAAACGCCUAGUUCCAUAUGGAUUUCCUUACACAGAUGUUAAUGCAAUUUUAACUGUGCCUUCUAAUGGUGCUUGUACAUGUUUUAUUAAGAACUUGGCAGGAUCUAAGUUCAUAAGAGCAAACUGUAUUUAAGAUGACUGUCUUGCUAUUCUGCAGGAAUAAAAAGAACAAGUUUUACUUUAUAUCCUGUAAAACUUUGUUCAGAUUUAGAAGAAUUAAAAGGAACUUUAAA